AUGAUGGACAUGAGGCGGCACUCUGUGUCUGUAGAUGUCCCACUGUCAAGAACCUUGGUGCAGCUCAAGCGAGUGAGAUCGCUGCGGGAUCCAGCAACAAACUCGAUGAGCAAGUAUGCAUCUCCUUCUGAUCACAUGAUCUGGGAGACUGCUUCUAGCAAUGGGGUGACUCUGGAGCUUGGCAGGUCAGCACAUCAUCACCUGGUUGAAGAAGACGAAGAUGUGGGAGCUGAGCCUACAAUGGGUUCAGAGCGGAGUUUUCGGGGACCAAAUGCAAGGACUGCAUCAUAUAGGAAAUCUUCUGCUGUCAGGAUCAGAGGCUUGAACCCACCGAGAAACAAGCAGGUUCAUCGUGUCCGCCAAGAUGGUCACCGCAAGUCAUUAGAUUCUAACCACUCAAAUCAUAGUUCUAUCCGUCAGUUGGCAAACAAUAUGGUCAACAAUGUGGAUGCAGAUAAGGAAGAGGAGGAAGUGAAUUCUUAUGAAAGACCAAAAUUUGCAAUGCCAGAUAAGGCUGAUGAAGAAGUGAAAAUGCCAGGCUACUCCAAAUUCAGGAGCAAGUCUCCCGCUGCAAUGAGCCGCGUUGGGAGCCCCUGUAUGUCAGCCAGUGAGGCACGCUCCGUUGGGUCAAGAAGAAGCACUUUAGGGCAUGGAACUGAGGAUACACGACUGAGGUCAAAUGAUGUCGUGGGAUCGAAUUUUAGUGGCUGUGGUAUAAGCUACUGCUGGUCAGGAGGGUCAAAGUACCGAGAACUUUAUUCUGAUAGUGAUGGUCCAGAUCAACCUCUCUUAUCUACAGAUGGGACUGAGGCAGCAUUCCAAGGCAAUGUACCAUACACUGAGACACCAAGGUGUUUAAGCCAGAAAUUCCGCCCUCGUUCCUUCAGUGAAUUGAUUGGCCUAAAUGUUGUUGCCCAGUCCCUCUUAUAUUCCUCUUGCAAAGGAAAAGUUGCUCCAAUGUACUUGUUUCAUGGCCCCCGGGGUACAGGCAAGACAUCCACGGCAAGGAUUUUUGCCGCAGCACUAAAUUGUGUAUCUCUUGAAGAGCAAAGGCCAUGUGGUUUCUGUAAAGAGUGUGUCAUUCUUUUCUCUGGGAAGAGUAGAGAUGUGAAAGAACUUGAUGCGGCGAAAAUGGAUCGUUUAGGUCGAGUAAAGGCACUUCUCAAGAGUGCAUCUCUCGUACCAUACUCUUCGCGCUUCAAGGUUUUCAUAAUAGAUGAAUGCCAUCUCUUGCAAGAAGAUGCAUGGUCAGCAAUACUGAAGAGUCUUGACGAGCCAUACCGGCAUACAGUAUACAUUAUGAUUACUUCUGACAUAGAAGGCCUGCCUCGCACUUCCAUCACACAUUGCCAGAAGUUCCAUUUUCCGAAGAUAAAGGUGGCAGAUAUUGUCUACAGGUUGGAGAAAAUCUGUAUAGAAGAAGGAUUAGAAUUUGACCAUGAUGGGUUGUACUUCAUUGCUGCAAAGUCUAAUGGUUCUCUUAGAGAUUCAGAAAUAAUGCUUGAUCAACUCAGUUUGCUCGGGAAGAAGAUCACAAUUUCUCUUGUGCAUGAGCUUGUAGGAUCUGUGUCUGAUGACGAGUUGAUUGAAUUGCUUGACCUAGCAUUGUCAUCCGACACAACCAAUACUGUAAGACGAGCUCGAGAACUUAUGGGGUCAGCAAUUGAUCCUCUGCAGCUGGUGUCUCAGUUGGCCAACCUUAUUAUGGACAUUCUCUCAGGGCGAUGUCAAUCUGCAGUUACUGAAGUCAGCAAAAGUUUCUUGGGUAGAUAUGCAUUAUCAGAGGUUGGAAUAAAGAAACUAAGACAUGCACUGAAGAUACUAUCAGAAACUGAAAAACAAUUGAGGGCAUCAAGGAAUCAGGCUACUUGGGUUACAGUUGCGCUUUUGCAGUUUAGCACCAAUGAACCUAACCUUGCUGCUGAACCGAAUGAUAUGCAUGCACAUUCAGUAACUGGAUAUACAGAUGACUGGGUUUCCAAGGUGCACUCAAGUGCCAAUUUUUGUCAGGCAUGUAACAGCACCAAGUCCAACUGUUCUGAGAGGCACUGUAGGCGGCUUAAGCUUGAGAACAUAUGGAGGAGAGCCAUUGGAAAGUGUCGAUCAAGGUCAGCCAAAAGUUUCCUCAGGAAAGAAGGCUUCUUAUCAUCGGUUCAUGUUACUGAAGAGGUGGCCAUAGCAGAAGUUGGUUUUGGACACCCGGAUCACCUAUCAAGAGCAGAGAAAAUGCAAAGCCUAAUAGAAUGCUCUUUACAGCAUGUUCUUGGGUGCAAUGUGGAGAUUAGAUUCAAACUUGUACCCUGUCCAGUGAGAAAAGAUGCUAGGUUGAAGAGACAGUCGUUCAGUUUUCUCAACUGCUCUGGCCGGAAGCAAGAGCUGUCAGAUUCAGUUGUGACUGAUGAAGAUGAAGCUGUGAGGCCUCGAGCAAGAGAGACACCGCUUAAAGGCUACACCUCUAGUCAGCAGGAAUCACCAUAUACCAUGCAACGUGUUGAUUCAAAACCAACGGUCCAUGGUUGUGAGGAUGAUGCUCGGAGUACCUUGACGUCAAACAGAUCCAUGACAGAUGACCUGACAAGGACGUGCAGGUCAGAGACUAACUACUCAAAGGGUGUAAGUGAGCAGGGCCACUUUGAUAGCAUCCAGGAGCCUGACCUACAGCCGAAUUGCUUCUCGCGAACACUCAAGCUUCAAAAGAAGCUAUUGUCUUCUGGCGCAGCACACACAAUCUGUUUGAGGAUCCAGCCACAUAACAAGAUGGACUUCCUGCCUAAGAAAGAAUUCGAUACAUACUUCUGCGCAUACGAACCUUAUGAGCAGUGUUCAAGAUCAAAUUCAAGAGCUACUUACAGUUCAAGAGAUGAUGACUUGUGGAGCAAGAAUUCACGCUUUGGUUCGAAUCUACUCUGCUGGAGGGCCCCAAAACAAUCCAUGAAAGGAUGA